AUGAAAUAUCUAUCCAUCCAGAGGUCGGGCACCUCGGGAGCCAAAACAGACCCGGAGGACCCGGAGGAGACGCAGGCCGCCCCGGGCUCACGGACGCAGACUCUGGGCUCUGAGAAGAGCGCCGUGAUGCUGAGUCUGGUGGAGCGUCUGCUGUGCUGCGUCAGCUCCCAGGCCUCGGUCGUCCCAGAGGAUUCCUCCGAGCGCUCCGAGGACGGCUACGAGUUUGUGGAAGUGAAGCCGGGGCGAGUGCUGCGCGUCCGCCACAUCGUCCCGGAGCGCCCCCUGGUGGAGGAGGUGAGCGCGGCGCAGGGCGGGCUGGUCAGCUGCAAGAGGAAGAUCACCGUCUACCGCAACGGCCAGCUCUACAUCGAGAACCUGGGGGAGGGCGGGGGGGCGGAGCUGCGGCGCGGCGGGGGCGGGGACGAGGCCAACAGCGCCGCCGAGGUGGAGCUCACGGACGGGAAAAGCAGCCCAACCCCACCACCCACCGAGCCCCCCCACUGUGGCAAAGACAAAGGAGGAGGAGGUGGAGGAGGAGGAGGUGGAGGAGGAGGUGGAGGAGGAGGAGGUGGAGGAGGAGGAGAAGGUGGAGGAGAGGAGCAGCCCCCGCAGCCCCCGCAGCCCCCUCACCCCGGUGUCCGGUCGAAGCCGCGGCGGCGUAAACCCAAACGCACCAUCAUCAUCGACUGCGAGCGGCGGGUGACGGCGUGCAGAGGGACCCACGGGGACCUGGCGCUGUUCUUCAUCCAUGGAGUGGGGGGGUCCCUGGACAUUUGGGGGGCGCAGAUGGACUUCUUUUCUCGUCUGGGGUACGAGGUGAUUGCCCCGGACCUGACGGGACACGGCGCCAGCUCUGCCCCUCAGGUCCCCGCCGCCUACACCUUCUACGCUCUGGCAGAGGACGUCCGCAUCAUCUUCAAGAGAUACGCCAAGAAGAGGAACGUGCUGGUGGGACACUCGUACGGGGUGUCGUUCUGUACCUUCCUGGCGCAUGAGUACCCAGAGCAGGUCCAUAAGAUGGUGAUGAUAAACGGAGGAGGCCCCACGGCGCUGGAGCCCAGUGUCUGCUCCGUCUUCAGCCUUCCCACCUGCGUCCUGCACUGCCUCUCCCCCCUGCUCUCCUGGAGCUUCCUCAAGGCCGGCUUUGCUCGUCAGGGGUCGAAGGAGAAGCAGCUGCUGCGAGAGACCAACGCCUUCAACGUGUCGCCGCUGGUGCUACGGGCCAUGAUGGGCGGACAGUACUGGCCCGAGGGAGACGAGGUGUACCAUGCAGAGGUCACCGCCCCCACGCUGCUGGUCCACGGCAUGCACGACAAGUUCGUACCAGUGGAGGAGGACCAGCGGAUGGCCGAGAUCUUGCUGAUGGCGUUCCUGAAGGUCCUGGAGGACGGGAGUCACAUGGUGAUGAUGGAGUGUCCAGAGACCGUAAACACCCUUCUGUACGAGUUCCUCCUUUGGGAACCCCUCACGCCACCGCCCAGACCCACCACGGCCAUCAGGGGGCGCCCAGAGACCGCCCGGACCCAAAGGGACAACCCCAGAGCCGAGCGCGAGGACCGGGCCUCCAACAGCACCUCGUAG